AUGAGGGAGAUACUUUCAUUUCAUGUUGGAUAGGCUGGUGUCUAAAUGGGAAAUACUGCCUGGGAAUUACUUUGUUUAGAACAUGGAAUUCAACCUGAUGGUUCUGCUAAAAGCUCUUAGAAUCUUUAGGUUUUAUUUUCAGAGUCAUAAACUAAAACAAAUGUACCAAGGGCUGCAUUCUUUGAUGAAGACCCACUCACUAUCAAUUAAAUCAAUAAAGGACCACUUAAGAAAGUCUUCAAUCAAAACCUUAUAAAAUUAUUUAAAGAUAAUUCAUCAUCAAUAUGGCCAUCUAAAAAAAUUGCAAAUUACGAUUAAUAAGAUCGUUCUACUCGAACUGCUGAGGAAAUUAUUCGAAAAAUGUUAGAAUCUGCAGAUGCUGCUUCAGCAAUUAUAAUAUAUCAUUCAUUAGCUGGAGGAUUUGGAAGCGGUUUCACUUGCAAAUUAUUAUAAAUGCUGAAUGAAGAAACUGCUAAAACAACUAAGUUGACAGUAUCAGUAAUACCAUCAGAUGAGACAAAUUAAUAAUUUACUUAACCUAUUGUUGAACCAUAUAAUACAUUACUCACUUUACCAACACUUGCAGAAAUGUCUGAUUUCAAUAUUCUUUAUGAUAAUGCUGCAAUGUAUAGAGUAUGUCAGAAUUAAUUAGAUUUUGAAACUCCUAAUUAUAGUCAUGUUAAUUAUAUGAUUGCUUAAUCAAUUUCAUCAAUAACUUAAUCAAUUAGAUUUAGAGGAUCUAAAUUUGUUGAUUUUAAUGAUAUGAGAAAUAACCUAAUAACAACACCAAAAUAAUAAUUUCUAUGGACUUCCUAUUCUCCAUUUAUCUAAGCUGAUUAAUAACAUUUAAAAAAACCUAAUCUCUAAGAUAUAACUGAAUCCUUAUUUGAUGAUAGAGGACCACUUCUUAGUUUCAAUAGGUUAACACAUAAAUAUCUUGCUGCAUCAUUAUUUUUCAAAGGAGAUUGUCCUUUACCAGAAUUAAAUUAUGUGAUGAAACAAAUUAAAUAAUCAGAAUCGAUAACCUUUGCAGAAGGAACUUAAAUAGCCUAUUAAACUAGUGUUUCAAAUGUUCAACCUUAUACAUUAACAAAUUAUCCAUUUGCUAAAUAUAACAAAGCUGCUUGUAUGUUGGCUCAUUCUACUGGUGUCUUAAAGAAUUUUCAAUCCCUUAAAAAAAGAUUUAAUUCACUUUUUACAAAAAAAGCAUUCGUCCAUUGGUUUGUAGGGCAAGGAUUAGAAGAAGGAUUAUUUAGAGAAUAAGCAGAUAACUUAGAAGAAAUAAUUAAAUUAUAUGAAGGACAUCAUGGAGAUGAUAAACCUAUCCAAGUUUAACCAAAAUCAGAUAGAAAAUAAGAAUAUGGUUAUAAACAAGAAAAAUAACCAAAAUAAUAAGCUAAAGUAAAAAAAACAUAAGAUACAAUUUAAGUUAAAAGAAAUUAAGAUUAAGCUCCAAAAGCUAAUAAUUUAAUUACAACAGCAAAAGUAGAAGAUAAUGAUAAUAUAGAAAAUGCAUAUGAAAAAAGAGCAUCUGCAAAAGUUUAAUAAAAACCUUAAUUACUUUCGACUAAUAAUCAAAAAUAAUCUAACAGUCUACAAUCAAAUAGAAUUUAACAACAAGAAAAUAUUGUAAAUAAACCUUAGUAAUAAGAAGAAAUUAAAAUAUAAGCCCCAUAAUAAGAUGAAGAUGGGGCAUUAUAAUAGUAAGAGCCUCAAAAAUAAAAUGAUUUAUAUGAUUAAUAAAAUGAGUAGAAUGAGUAAAAUGAGUAGAAUGAACUUCAAAAGAGUAGAAUAGAUUAAAAUGAAAAUUAUGCUAUAUAAUGA